CUUGAACUCGUUCCCACUGUGCUCUCAGUAAACUUGCUUUCUAAGCGUAACAGAUGCAGUCUGAGCAGCUUCUUCAUGACCGCGUAAACCUGGCGCGGCUCGUUCGCAGACUGGAGAAGACUGUUUCGAGCCAGACAUGGCCGGACGAAGUGGCUGAACCGUAUCCCACACCGACGUGGAUCACUACCCGGCGGACCUUGCAGAAAGUGAAGCACGCGCGCAAACUGUUGCAAAAUGUGGAAUCAAACGAGGAUGCUAGUGAUUCUUCCUCACUACGGCGAUAUGAUGACUACCGUAACGCUUUGGAUCGUCUGGAGAUCAUUGUAGCCGAAGCAGAUAAACGGCAUUCCCUCAAAGUGACACGACCGGAACCAAUACUACCUUCCAUACCCCCUCCUCCCAUUGUGGAUCAAAUUCUUCCCCCGGAGAUCACCGCAGACCCACAGGAUCCCUCCACGACACUCCUCCCGGCGGAACCGACUUCGAGCAUCGCCACUCACGAACUACUUCUCAGCCCGUCAGACCCAGAACUAUUCUCGAGGGGCCCUAUCAAUCCGGCAGAAACACUACUCCCGCCCUCCCUCCCCGCGACAUCCGAGAAGUCCACUGCCCAAGCCGCGCCAGCAUUCUUGCAGAACUCCGCCUCGUUGCACGAGGAACUGUCGGCUCAGCUCGCGCAGAUGGCCACCCAGCUCAAGCGAAACGCCAUACAUUUCGCUGACGCGCUUGACAAAGACAAGGCGGUCGUGUUGGACGCGCAAGAGAAACUGGAACGCAACCACGACGUUAUGAGCAAGGAGAGAGUGCGGCUACGGGACCAUCAGUCGAAGAGCUGGGGCACGACAUGGAUAACUAUGCUCAGCAUCGUCGUUGCACUGGUCGGAUUCCUUCUUACUUUCUUUGUCAUACGUUUCACUUGAUGGUUUUCAGCUCUAUCUGUUCGUCAUGGCCACGUUGUAUACCUUGGGUUUACGCAUUGGACUUAUACAUGCAUCUUACACGGC